UUCUUGUAAAGUCUUCCGGAAAGUUUUGAGCUUUUCCUCAUAUAUAUCUUCUUCAUUUGUUAUCUUUUAAGGAUGAGUUGUAAUUUUAGAAUUGAGUGAGAGUAUGUGAUAUCUCGUGUUUUUUGCCCCCCUCUGCUACCGUUUAGGUUUGAUCAUCUUUUCCUAAAUAAUGAUUAUGGAUCAGAUGGACAUUGAUCGUGUGAUGGACAUUCCUGUCACUCCUGAUGGAUUAGGUACGCGGAUGAUUGGUGUUAGGAAUGGUGUAGAAGAGGAAUACCAUGAUACAUUUGUAGUCGGCAGUGGAAGCAGAAGGCCACCCCAGCAUCCUCCAAAAUAUCGCAGCAGUUCCAGCAAUUCUCUGAACCCCAUUAGUUAUGCGGCUGUUGCCGUGGAAAAAUCUCUCUCCUCUAAGAAUGCUGCUCUAUUUCGAAAAGGGAUGACUGAGAAGAGUCCUAGCUCCAAAAGCCAUGACACUACUUAUCCUCAACACCUAAAGAUUGAAAAACCCUGUAGUUCUAGAUCAUCUUCUGACAAUUUCAUGGAUCGGAAAGUAAGUAAUCUGCGAAGGCCUGUAUCUGGAAAUGCUUCCCCUGGUGAAGUGACUGGAAAUUAUCCAGCUGAGUUUAGAACGAGAUCUAAAUUAGCGAAUGGGCCUUCUUCUUCUCAUGGUCUGGCAAAUAAUCCAACUGGUUUUGGCAUUGCCAGCCAAGCAAAAAAUGCUAUGAGUAGAUUUGAUUUAAAUGUUGGUUAUGGAGAUAGGAUUGCGCGUAAUGGCAAUACACAAAACAGACCUGGCAAUAAUGGUUUUCCAUCUUUUGAUCCCACUGCAACACCUAGAGUAAAUAGACAGAAGAGAUUGGUACGAAAUGGAUGUAUAUCUCCAAAUAAUAUAGCCAAGGCAAAACAGGUUAGGGAAACCACUAAUGGUUCUGUAGAUAUGAGGCAUAACAACAAUGGUUCUAUGACAUCUAUUCCAACGCCUGUUUCAAUUGACAUCAGGGAAUUCAUUGCUGAAGAUAACAAUUCUCACACAGUAAAGGGGAAAGGAGUGGUAACUCAGCCCCCACCAAAGGAGACUGAUCCAGGAAACAAAGAUUUACAUAGCAGGAGCUUUAGAAGUUCCAAUGAGAAGGUUGUGGAAACCAGUUAUUGCACCAGGAGUGCAGGUAAAAGCAUUGAAGAAACAGGUGACUGGAGAAGCAAACGCAAUGCGACUAAGAAAAUGAACUUAUCAUCAUUUGUUGUGGAAAAACUUGUUAGGGAAGUAGAUGUCCCAAGACAUGCCAGUGAACACCAUGAGAACAUGAGGGCAAGAAGAGAAAAAGGUGGCAUGGAAACUACUGAUAACUACCCUAAGGAUAAGAAUGUUUAUGUUCAACCAUUAAGACAAUCAACAUCCAAGCCUAGGGCUCAGCCAGGACAAUUGGAUGGGCAUUGUUCUGUUGUGACCACAUUCACCACAAAACAGAAGCAAGGAUCCACCUCAAGGUGUUCCACUUCAGUCUCUGGUGAUCCAGAAGUUGUCUUUCUUAGUUCAUCGGCAGGACCAUCAAAUUCAAGAUCAACUUCUAGUAGUAUGGAGAAUUCACAGACAAUUAUCGAGGUUGGUGAAUUUUCUCCUGAAUUAGGACGUAAUUCCCAUGAUGAAGAUGCUAGGUUGAGACAGGUUGAAGCGGAUGAAGUUCUGGCUCGUGAACUUCAAGAGCAGUUUUACAAUGAAGUGCCUAUUCUUGGAGUUGGAGAGGUUGAUACGCAGAUCGCGCUGGCCUUGGAGCACCAGGAUGAUUCUGAUUAUGCAUUUUCUAGGAGAGGUUCAUUGAGAUCUAACUCACGGAGACAAAGACAAUCUCGGCCUCCUUCAAACCGUCCUCGUCGAAGGUCUCAGGCUCGAGCUUCUACAUCAAGAAGAAUGACAAGGCUGAGGGGUCGUUUUCCUGGACAACCCCGUAGUCUAUUGCCAACUAGAGGAGGGAAUUCCUUGUUUCCCGCCAACAUGGAUGCUGACAUGAGACAUUUACUGGGAGCACUGGAGACCUUAAGUGACUUGGGAGUGAGCAGUCGCAUCCUUCAAACUCGGCGUAAUUUUAAUGAGAAUGAUUACGAAAUGUUAUUGUCUCUUGAUGAAAAUAACAAUCAGCAUGGUGGUGCAUCUGUUCAUCAUAUUAAUGGCCUUCCACAAUCGACAGUUCAGACUGAUAAUUUUGAAGAAGCCUGCGCAAUUUGUCUUGAAACUCCAACUAUUGGAGACAUUAUUCGCCAUCUCCCUUGUUUACACAAAUUUCACAAAGAUUGCAUUGAUCUGUGGUUAAGGCGGAAACCAUCUUGCCCAGUUUGCAAGUCAUCAACUACCUGAUAUAGUCUUCUCGUGCUGACUUCUUGUGAGCGUCCAGGCAAUAGUAUGCAGAGACGUAAGUUCUGGUUUUGGAUCUUAUUUUACUGCACUGUAGCUUUUCUGAAAUGCAAUGGGAACGGUUGCUGAACUUACAUAUUGCAGAAGAUGUAUAUUUUUUGGUUAGUGUGGAAAUCUUCUGCUAGCGAUUAAGGUUCCAUGCGUGUUGAUUCUUGACGUUUCUUGAUUAUAUAUGACAACUAUUGACUUGGCUGGGA